GUUCAACAUUGUGUAUUCUCUUUAAAUGGUUUCCCAAAUUUGGCAACGAUGAUAUUAUUUUGUCACAAAGUUUAUGAUUGGUUAGCGCUUGAUGAAUCUCACAUAAUUCUACUGCAUGCUGAAGGUGAAGAAGCCAAAGUUCGCCUACUUCUUCUAAUUCUCGCACUGAAUGCAUUCUAUGGAUCUCUUGACAA